AUGGUAAGGCCUCGAUCUGGGGGAACCGCCUUGCUGAUCAUGGUAUCCCCUACACCAGGGGUUAGCGCGAACGCAGACCCCCACACUAAAAAAUUACGUGUCCGAGUAACCCGCAUUUGGGGUUAUCGCAGACUUCAGCCAAACCGGAGUGCAAUGGUAAGGCCUCGAUCUGGGGGAACCGCCUUGCUGAUCAUGGUAUCCCCUACACCAGGGGUUAGCGCGAACGCAGACCCCCACACUAAAAAAUUACGUGUCCGAGUAACCCGCAUUUGGGGUUAUCGCAGACUUCAGCCAAACCGGAGUGCAAUGGUAAGGCCUCGAUCUGGGGGAACCGCCUUGCUGAUCAUGGUAUCCCCUACACCAGAUAAUUUAUCGGCAAAAAAGCGAACAAAUCAAUACAGACAUACGUAUACUUGCCCUUCGUGUGGUGCUGGUAAAGCCGUCGAUGGAAACAUGAGCACGUGUAUGCGAACAGAUGACAUUGGUAUAACCACAGCUUACGAUUCCAAAACAUGGUGGUAUGUUGACCUUGGAGGGAUAUACAAUGUGUACAACAUCAGAAUCGUGUUCAAGGAUUAUCCUGGUUACACCAUGAGACAGAGAGGUCGCUUCGCCGGGUUUUCUUUGUAUGUGUCUAACUCAACUGACAGACACCGUGGAUACCAGUGUUACAAGAACGGACCGGAAUUACCUCCUUUGGAUUUCAAUACAAACUGUACAGCACAUGGACGCUACGUUAUAUUCUACAACGAGAGAUUGAAUAAAUUAAAUUACCCAAGUGGUUAUCAACUCGCGUCAGUUUACACAGAGCUGUGUGACGUAGCAGUGACAGGUUGUGUCAACCUUGAUGUUUAUGGAAAUAACUGUGACAUCCCUUGUCUAGACAGUUGUCCGGAAAAUAGAUGUCACAUUGCCAAUGGAGCUUGUUUCCGUUGUGCACCUGGAUGGAUUGGAUCAUUCUGUAAUACAGAAUGUCCACCAGGAACAUACGGUGCUGGCUGUGCUCAGAACUGUAUUGGACACUGUAUAAAUGACGUGACAUGCAACAUAUCCACUGGCAGGUGUGACCAAGGCUGUAAACUGGGAUAUAUAUGGAAACUCUGUGAGAAAGUUAAAGAAUGUCCACCAGGAACAUACGGUGCUGGCUGUGCUCAGAACUGUAUUGGACACUGUAUAAAUGACGUGACAUGCAACGGAUCCACUGGCAGGUGUGACCAAGGCUGUAAACCGGGAUAUAUUGGGGAACUCUGUGAGAAAGCUAAUUUACAACUCGAUGGAUUGAAUGACAAUUGCAAGGAAUCAUCUUAUAUCGCUGGAUUGUCGUUCCUUGUAGUAACAGCUGCUAUCUUAGUUACCACAAUCCUCGUAAUCAUUAGGAGAUAUUACAAACUUGUAGAGGAGAUGCGCUCAAUGCAAUACUCUGCCAUCACCAGAAUAACACCACAAUUGGAGACCGAUGCAAAAGAGGGACAUCAAUACCAAGAACUUCGUAUAGAAGAAAACUCAUAUCACAACCUCACACUACGAAAUUAAUCAAA